GCUGGUCAUCCAUAUUUUUAAAUCUCUAGUACAUUGUUCAGUAGAGUCGACUAAAAGUGGUAUUUGAUCGAAAUCAAUAGACUUAUAAAUUUGAGUGUCAUCAGCAUAAAGAUGGUAAUUCAUGCCAUAUUGUCUUAAAAUAUCAGCAAUAGGUUGUGUAUACAUUGUAAACAAGACAGGUCCAAGAACAGACCCCUGAGGAACACCACAUCUAAGCAAAACAUUAUUAGAACACGUGUUUCCAACCACAACUGCUUGUGUUCGAUCCUUAAAAUAUGACUCAAACCAUUGCAGGACAGUACCCUUUAUGCCAAAAGUAGUAUUUAAUCUCUCGAGUAAAAUGUCAUGAUCAAUGGUAUCGAACGCAGCCGAAAGGUCCAAAAGAGUAAGA